GCAUUAGAAGCAAAAGAAAUUUUGUCUUAAAAACAACAAAAAUAAAAAGAUUUUUACCAAACUCUUAUUUGAAGAUUAUUAAGAAAUAAACGUUAAAUAUGGGGUCGCUUUGUGGUUUCUUCGUUAAAACUGUUACCAUUGACAAAGAUGAAAAUACCUACAAGACUACUAGUGAAGUACCAAAUCCAGGUAUCAAGAUUAGAAAAGCCAAAGCAGAGGAACUCGAUAGAGUAGCCGAUCUUCUUUACGAAGGUUACAAGAAGAGGUUACCAUUUUUUGCUGAUGAGGGAAAACAGGAAUUUUUCACUGAUAUGGUCAAGAAUUGUUUCCAAUCUAAUCCAAAACUAAUAGAGAAUGUAUUAGUUGCCAUAGACGAUAGUAAAAUUCAAGGACUCUGCUCCAUGAAAUUUACAAAUGAAGAAUGUAAAUCAUCAACGAAUUCAAAGAAAUGUGAAGAAUCAUUCAAAGGUAGUUCCUGUAAAGGUCUAAUGAAAACGAUAUUUUCAUUCGGAAUGAAUCAAUACCUAUCUAAAGUUGGCAAUGAUGAAGCGUUUAUCGAAGCAAUAUCUGUAGAUCCAGAAUGUAAGAAGGAAUCAGAAAUCAAGAACCUUCUCUUACAAGCGGCUGGUGACGAAUGUCAAGAUAGAAAAUGCAAAAAAAUAUCUUCGAUAGUCAUGUUCAAGGAUUUCGAAAAUAGAAGAUUCUUUGAAAAUUAUGGCUAUACUACUGCCAAAAUGCAUCUUGCCAGACCAAUUUUCAUGUACGGAGAUAAGGGUUGCUACAAAAUGGAGAAAGAAGUUUUUCAGUAUUGUUAA